AUGGACAAAACUAGAAAACAUCUGAAUGAUUCUGGGGCUGAAGUAGAAGAAAACAUUGAAGAAAUUGACAUAGAUCUCAAUGACCCUGAAGUACAGAAAGCAGCUACCAAGAUCCAGUCUUCAUAUCGUGGUUUCAAAAGUAGAAAACAUCUGAAUUCAGAUUCUGGGGCUGAAGGUGAAGAAAACAUUGAAGAAAUUGACAUAGAUCUCAAUGACCCUGAAGUACAGAAAGCAGCUACCAAGAUCCAGUCUUCAUAUCGUGGUUUCAAAACUAGAAAACAGCUGAAUGAUUCUGGGACUAUAGAACAAGAAAACAUUGAAGAAAUUGACAUAGAUCUCAAUGACCCUGAAAUUACAGAAAGCAGCUACCAAGAUCCAGUCUUCAUAUCGUGGUUUCAAAACUAGAAAACAGCUGAAUGAUUCUGGGGCUGAAGGUGAAGAAAACAUUGAAGAAAUUGACAUAGAUCUCAAUGACCCUGAAGUACAGAAAGCAGCUUCCAAGAUCCAGUCUUCAUAUCGCGGUUUC